UUCCGCGACAGGCAUUGAGGCAUUUCGAAAUGUGAAUUCAGGUUAAGUUAUGUUUUCGGUUAGCGGCAACGGUAACUACAAGGACACAUAAGAUUCAGAGUUACUACUACUAUUACUGCUACUACAGUUUUAGUUGUAGUAGUACAAUUAUCGGAGUAUCAGUACUUACCUCGACUGUGUGGGAUAGUUCGUGAUAAGCUGUGUUAUAAAAUACAAAAGCUCUGAAACCUUCGUUCGUAAAUACAUGUUCUUUUGAAUUGAAUUAUAUAAACUUAAACAGAAGAAAUGGAGGGUAUAGAAGUCCCAGAGGGUAUAGAAGUCCCAACUGAAGUCACAUUAAUAGUGAAAGAGUCACAGUUUCUAUGUGAUAGGAAGCUGUUGGCAGACCACAGUCCAUACUUUCAUGCCAUGUUUAAUAAUGACUUCAAGGAAAAACACGAGAAGCUAGUCAAUUUACAGGGAAUUGAACCAGAAGCACUUGAGUUUAUUAUGAAUGCAAUUCGUCAAACAGAGAUAGAUUUUACAAAAUCAAAAAACAUUCUGGAUGUUUUGGAAGCAACUUGUAUGUUACAGUUUGAUCAUGUUCAGAAAGAAUGCAUCAAGUUUAUAAUUUUUUCCUGGCUGGACAAAGAAACUUGGUUGCCUACGUCCAAUUUAGCUGACAAACUCGGCCUGACUGAACUAAAACAGAAAACUAAAACACUUGCUUUGUGGAAUUUUUCUAAAGUGAGGAAGACUGAACAGUUUCUAUAUUUAACUUCAGAAGAGGUGAUCGAAUUUCUCAGUGAUGACAGGUUACGGACUACCGAGGGGGAAUUCGAGAUUUUUGAAGCUGGCGUGAACUGGAUCGAGCACAGUCCAGAAGACAGAUUAUUUUAUUCUAUACCUUUAUUGAGUGUCGUUAGGUUCAAGGAAAUGGAGUCAUUUGACAUUAGGAACAUGUUACACUUCAGCAGUGUUAAAGACACUCCUCAGGCGGAAUUGAUAAUACAAUGUAUUCUUGAGAUGAAAGAUGGGAUUUUAAACCAAAACUGUGAGUCGUGUAAUCCAUCUAAUAUUGAUGAUCGAGACAGUAUAGAGUCUGGAAAAAGUUCACCUCUGCCUGCAGCAGGUAUAUUUUUUAAGAGUUUAAAACGAAAACGAAGAACCACUUCUCACUGUACAUGUUUUGAUCCCACUACUGUGAAAACCGCGCAGGAUCUGCUAGCAAGAGAACCUCGUUGCCUUCCGCUGUUUCCCUGUGUUGCAGCAAGUUUGCCUUUCAGCACUCACACAACAGCCAAAUCACCCCGAAUGAAGUUGAGAGAGAAGACUAAGUGGCCAUACAUGUUUCGAUGGAAUGGUGAACAAUUGGUUCCUUUCAUCUAUUUAUCCAAAAUCGAUGAGGGACCAGCAGAAGCAAUGGGUUAUAAAGUUGUAGUACAAGACUUGAAACUGUAUGUAAUUGGAGGAGAGUACAUGAUGGGCCAAGGCGAUUGGAAUACAUCUAUCUGGUUCUAUGAUACAUGGAGAGAAGUUUGGCAAUUUGAAACAAGCUUACCAUUCCCUCGACGCCAUCACUCUGCUGUCUGUGUGAACAAUGAAUUGUACGUCAUUGGAGGCGUUGGACGCCAUAGGGUCAUGUUGGAUUCUGUCACCAAAUACAGUCUGGAAACAAAGAGUUGGGAGACUUGCAGUCCUCUACCUAUACAUCUUUACUCUGCAGCGUGUUGUGUGUACAAGGACGACAUUUAUAUGUUCGGGUCCCAGUUAUACUGCUAUCGCCAGUCCAUAGCUAACUGGGAGAUCCUGAGCAAUAUCAGUCUGCCAGAUAACAUGUCUGUCGGCGCAGCAAUGACUGACAACGAAACUAUUUAUGUCAUUGGAAUCAACGCAAAGCUGUACAGUUUCAUCCCACAACCGAAGGAUGUAGAGAUCAAGUUCCUGGGUCAGUUUAAAAUAGCUGCCACCAACGCUUGUCUUGUCAAUGAUGCCAUCUACAGUUUCGCUGAGGAAGAUGACAUGCAGGUAGUGGAACAGUAUCAUUUAAAGAGAAAAACAUUUACAACUCUGUGGUACAACAAGAUAGAAGAUGAGGAAGAAACACAGGCUUCUGUCUGUUUAAAACAGGCAGUCGGGUGCUUUCCCCUUCCUAAAUACUAUUGAGCCAGUCUGUGAGAGGAAGUAAGUACAGUGUAAAGGGAUCUUUUCAAAAUAGAAAUGUCAUAUAAACGGUGAUGAUUAGUUUACCUAAAUCCAUUGUAUAUGUUUAAGUCUAAAGUGCUCACCAAGUUUGUAUCAUAUUUGUCUUCAAGAGAUGUUAAAAUUUUGAAGUUAUUGCAUCAUUUAAUUGAAUUUGUAUGCACAUGUAGUUAUAAAAAUACAUGUUUGUGUAAGCAACAAUGAAUUAUGUUAUAUGUUUUAAAGUUAAAUAACAGUUUUUAAGCAUCAUACAAUUUUUACAUACUUUUUAUUUUAUAAAUAAAUAUAUUAAUUUUUUUAUAUAUGAUACCAAAUGUACGUAUUAACAGUUUUCUGAAAGUACUUUUUAUGAGGUGGCUAAAACACUCUAAUAUUCUAGUUUGCACUCUUUAUUGUUGGAAACUUGUGAUAGAAGAUUGAAAUUUUAUAUGUAUAUACAUCUCUGUGACAAGCUACAUUGAUACAAAGACUAAACUACAAAGUUUGUUGUGUUGGAACAUUAUUAUUAUAAGAAUACUUACUUGGUUGUGUUACUAUUUUAUUUCCCUCUUGAAAAAUUUAAAAUGUAUAUGUAUUUAUUUUGGUAAUUUGAUUAGUUGUAAACUAAGGUAUACAAGUUAAAUUGUUUGAAUAAUGUUUAUGUUGUUAUGUUUUUACAAUUUUGUUAAAAAGGUGUUUUGUUACCUAUUUAGAAUUACUUGUUAUAGAAAUUAAGAGGCGGCAGGAAAAUGAAAUGGAAAACGUUAUAUUGAAACAAGUGAAAUUAGGGGCACAUGGACCCGUUGUACACUUAAACUGUAAAAUAAGAAAAUAGAAGUAAAUGUUUAAUUUAUUAUUACUGUAAAAUAACCAACAUAACACAAAUCAAGGAAGAUUGUGUUGAGAACUGGUCUGUUGAGCUGUCAACACCUAGAUAGCUUUAACAUAGAGCAAAACAUCUAUUAAUUUUCAGCAUAUUGACAAACAUUAUUUUUAAAGUGGCACAGUAGUUUUGCCUAAUAGUCACAGGUAACUUUUUUCAACAUUAGUAAUCUGUUUAUAAAACUAAGUACAAUAUUAAAGAAACUGAAUUUCUCAUAGAAAAUUACCACGAUUUUGAGAGUCUGGUACAAUAAAAUAAUCUGCAAAUAGCAGAAUUUUUCAGACUACCACAAACUUAAUAAACAAAUGAUUGUGAUGAUUUAUAAAGUUUAUUCAAAAGUUCAUGUAAUAAUAAGUAUUUCAAAGAGCCGAAAUUCAUUAAGUAUUCUUACUUGAGCACCUGGUAAUUCUAAGUGUAAUGAAACAAGAUGACACCUGCCACCUCUUACUGUUUUGUUAAUAGAGGGAAAGAUAUUUUUAAAUGUUACAACACAUGAUUCAGAAACAGUUUGUGAAUUGUUAGCUUUAAACAAAGCAAUACCAAUCAGACUUUAGAUUGACAGCUUCUCAGAAGUUUUACUACUUAUUAAUUCCUGGAAUUAGUUGAGCUGUCAGGACAAUGACUACACAGGGAACAAACAUUCAUUCUGUACAUAACUCACUUUCGUACAUUCGUUUGCCUAUGAUACUCAUGCGGGUACAAUAUUAAGUAUGAGAAUAAGUGUUAUAUUCAACAUUAAUGUAUAAUGCUUUAGUGUUCGUAAGUGCUCAAAUUACGAGGGCUGUUAAGAAAGUAAUGUACGUUUUGGAAUUAAAAAAAGAAACCAAGUACAAGAAAAACAUUUUAUUAUUUACAUGUGGCAGAGGGACUAAAAUACUGCUUUUCUACAUCAUCACUAUACAAAUUCAGGCACUUAUAGCGUUGGAUAAGCUUUGAAAUUCCUGUGUCAUAGAAUUCUGCCGCCUGUGUCUUCUGGCACCCAUCUUGCACAAAACUUCAUGGAAUCUAGCCGAACAAUUUCAAAUAAUAAAGUCAGUGAAACUUGUGGAAAACAUAGUGAAAUGGCGGUUUACACGGAUCUUUUCAUCAACUUUGGCAACCAGAUCGUCAGUCACAAUCAUUGAACGUCCACUCUUCUCUUUAUCAUGAACGUUUGUUCAGCCAUUUUAAAACUGAAUGCACCACUUCCUGAUAGAACUAUCAUUCAUUAUGGGGUCAACGUUGUUCCUGUACACUUCAUACAGUUCCAGAUGAAUUUCUAUUGGUUUAAAGUUUUUUCCAACAAAAAACGAACCACAGACCGCACAUCACAACUGGUGGCAUUUUUGAUUGCAGCACACAUUUCAAAUUUGAAUACAAAAAAGACUGGCAGUGUUGAGAUGUUCCUGUUGUCAUGCCUGAACGCUGACUGAGGUGCAGAGCACGAUCACCCCAAUAUAUAUGUGGUUGGCGCACACCUGGUGGCGUUAGGUGGAAACGUUCCUUACUUUCUGAAUAGCCCUUGUUUAAAAUUUGUUUUUAAAACAACUAUUGUUAUUUGUCAGGCAGCUUGUAAUUUUAGACAUGUUUUAAUCACAUUAAUGUGAUUUAUAAGUGCUGUGUGAUAUUAAAUUAGUCAAGAUUUGGUAGAAGAAGUAAAAUUUUAUGUUUCAAUAUGUUAUGUACAUAGGCAUCAUAAUAGAUAUAGUAGAAUGAGGUAACAAGGAUUUGUAUUUUUAACAAUGACUUGUAUCCAACUACUGUCUGUAAAAAAAUAGUUGCCUUGUCAAAAUUAAUUCUGAGGAGAACUUAUUUUGAGACUACUAACUAAUUAAGACUUAGUGAUAGUGAUAAUAAUAUAUAAGAAACUAUCUUUAACAUAAUAUAUAUAAUACUAGUUUUACCUUUGGUUUGUCUCAUACAAGUAAUGAUAGAUCGGCUUAUUUGUUGGUGGUUCUGACAUAAUUUAUAUGGAUUGGAAAUGUGUGAGUGAUAUGUUGACCAAAUGCGUUGUUUAACAGUUGAAAGGAAGUUAGUGAAGUUUGUUACAGCUCGAGACCAAUUGAUGUGUUAAAAAAGUGAAUGUAAAUGGUGGGAUCUUCAAUACAAGGACAGUUGUUUAUUGAAAAUGUUAUGUUUUACAACUUUCCUCACUAAAAAUAUAUAAAUUCAAUUCUUAUUUCAUGUAUUUACUUCUUAUUUAUAUUUUAUUAUAUUUAUGAGUCAAUUCAUCAACUAGGUAAUUAAACAGUAAAUUGAAUAGUUCAAAAAUUGUAUAAAAUUAUUAAAAUAUGGUCUCUAAAGUUAUGAAAUUAUUAAUUGAAAGAGUACAUGGGUACAUUGAUCUUUCACAACUCCCGGCGUACACUCGAUUAGGUACACGUGGGGCUUUUGUAAAGUCCGUCAUGCGCCCUUUGAGGUACAUAUUGCUAUGCAUUUCUUUAUUGAGUUUUUAUUGUUUACCUGUCUUGGUGGUUCGUUAAAUUUCAUCCCGCACUUAAAUAAAUACCUUAGAGUAUCAUGUAACCCGUCAGGUGCACGAUUGCUUUGUUUUUAAGGUAAAUUAACUUUUUUAGAUACCCCUUGGAGUACAUGGAGAAAAAUUGUUUUUUUGAAAAACUGCAAAGCCUACAAACAUUUCUCAUUAUUCUUAGACGUUUUACAUAAAAAAAACUGAUUAUGAUUUCUUUUUGCCAUUAUUAUUGAAAACUUCAACAGCAAAUAAAAAAGUUAGGGAAAUUUAGUUAGGUGAUUUGUGCGGAGAUCGAUUAAACUACAUGUCAAUAGUUGUGAAUUAAUGACUCGACCUCCCAUAAUUUUUCCAGCUGGGUCAAACGAACCCCCCUGCCUCUCCCUAGCUGCUGGUCUGCUUUUUGUAAACAAAGAUUAUGAUGAACCUUACAUAAUACAAUCACGACAAAGCAUGGCAUCUGGCAUUUAUUCAAUAAUACUGUUUUUGCUUGCUAAAUCAACCAAUUAUUGUUGUUUGAAAUGCGUUGUUUUAAGUGUAAUACAUUUUUUGGAGAAAGAUGUGUUGAGAAUAAGCACUCUGAUGAUGAUGGUGUUUAAACAGAGAUAAUAAUUGCCUUCUGUCCUCUCUUGUUAUUUUUUUUUUUGUACUGACCUAUCUAGAAAGGGUCUUUAUUUUUCUUAUUGGUGAUAAAUCAAAGCGGUUAAUAUGACAUAAUGAUUCUACAUAAUUUUCCUUGUAUGUAGUACAGAUUUUUUUGUUAAAUAUUUGUAAGUUAAUUGUAUUAUACAAAUCUAUAAGUAACAUAGGAAAAAUAUAAGAAUUAAAGUAUUUAUUACAGAACUGUUUUGUGGCAAAGCAAUAAUGAGUUAUUCCAGAGCUGCCAGUUACAGUACUUAAAACGUUCUGGCAUUAUUAAGUUCUUGAAAUCAAUCAAUUUCAAGUAUUCAUGUCACUUUGUAUAUUUUUUUGGUAGCUGUACUUUACUAUAAUGUACUGAAAAUUCUCAUUAAGGAAUUGAAGCAAAUAAUUCAUUACCUGAAAGGAAGUACUCAAUCAAAUAUCAUAGAAUCACAGUAAAUCCAUCUGAUCCAAACCAUAAAAAUGCAGUACUUGCCCUAUUUUACUUAGAAAUAUUCCCUUAACUGCACCAUUUUCAUAUAUCCUCAAUAUCCUUUCCAAAUGGUUUUGUUGGUUAUUCUUUACGUUUUCAAUAAGUAAUUUUAAGAGCAUUAAAUAAAUUGUAAAAAUUUAAAGUAUACACAUUGUUACUGUACUAUCUGUAGUAAUACAUCAUUAGUAUUUUGUAUUAUUAUGUAAGUCAUUUGUGGGUACUGUCCAUAUCAGUUCAAGCAUUUAAAUUAUAACAUGUUUUUGUCGGAAAUUUCUGAAAGAUAGUUAGGUAGUGGCACAAACUGGCAACAUUGUUUUCAAUCAUUAUUUUACUCACAGUAUCCACUAGAGCCAAAUAAGUGGUUAAGGGAUUAAAUUGCCAUUUAAGAAACAUGUUAAUGCAUAUCAUUGCCUCAUGAAGGGUUACACAUUUUUUAGUUUACAAGAUCAAGACUGAUAAUUUAGUGUUUCAAUGUUGGCUAACUGUACUAAAACUAGUAGUGUACCUAUUAUACACACGCCAAUGGUUUUAGAAAGUGUUUAAAAAGUUGUAGUAUUUUAUGUUUUUAUCAUGAAUAUUGUGUUAAACACAUUUGAAGUAAAUAUUUUUUGUUGAUA